AGAAGAGCCCGCUCAGAUGAGAUCAUCAUCAGAUUUGGAAGAGGAGGGCUAAAUUUUCAUCAAUGGGAGGGGCUCAAUCCGAAAGGGAGGAGAAAGUGUCUCUGGAGCUAACCGAAGAAACGCUUCAGAGUAUGGAAGUCGGCAUGACAUUCAGAGACUAUAAUGGUAGAAUCAGUUCAAUGGACUUUCAUAGGACUUCAAGCUAUCUGGUGACUGCAAGUGAUGAUGAAUCCAUCCGACUUUAUGAUGUUGGUAGUGCAACAUGUUUGAAAACAAUUAACAGCAAAAAGUAUGGGGUUGAUCUGGUUUGCUUCACUUCUCAUCCUACAACAGUGAUUUAUUCUUCAAAAAAUGGGUGGGAUGAAUCUCUGCGGCUUCUCUCCUUGAACGACAAUAAGUAUCUGCGGUACUUUAAAGGACACCACGACAGAGUUGUAUCACUCAGCUUAUGUGCUCGCAAAGAAUGCUUUAUAUCCGGCUCUCUUGAUCAAACUGUUUUGCUUUGGGAUCAAAGGGCAGAGAAAUGCCAGGGUCUUUUGCGUGUACAAGGAAAGCCAACUACUGCUUACGACGAACAAGGUGUAGUUUUUGCUAUUGCCUAUGGAGGUUACAUAAGGAUGUUUGAUUCUCGCAAAUAUGAGAAGGGUCCUUUUGAUAUAUUUUCUGUUGGGGAAGACGUAUCUGACACAAAUGUUGUAAAGUUCAGCAAUGAUGGGAGACUCAUGUUGUUGACAACUUCUGAUGGGCAUAUUCAUGUUCUUGAUUCUUUUCGAGGAACACUAUUAUCCACUUACAAUGUAAAACCCAUUUCAAGCAAUUCAACGUUGGAGGCAUCUUUUAGCCCGGAGGGAAUGUUUGUGAUAUCAGGUUCGGGAGAUGGCAGUGUUUAUGCAUGGAGUGUAAGGAGUGGAAAAGAGGUUGCAAGCUGGAUGAGUUCUGAAAUGGAACCUCCCGUCAUAAAGUGGGCUCCGGGAAGUCUAAUGUUUGCGACUGGAUCUUCUGAACUGUCAUUUUGGAUACCUGAUUUGUCUAAACUGGGAGCAUACGUAGACAGAAAGUAGAAAUCUUGUAAUUUGCAUCAUCGUUGUUAAACACCGGUGAAACGACCUCUCUAACAUCAGUCAUGGGGGACAUGGCAGCCUGUAGAUAGCAUCCUCUUUUUCAAAUCUUGUCUCAGAGAGGAUGUACAAUAGAAAAGGAGCAGGAACUCUGCAUUGUAUCUUUGGUUAUCACCAAAACAAGGUUUUCAUAAUCAUUAUCGGUGCUUAACUAGCCACCCGACAUCAACGCUUGAACUUUUAACUAGCUUACUCUGAUAGAAAGUAUCUAAAAGAUGUAAAUCAUGAAAGGAAGACUGUUCUUAAGCUGAUACGUGAUUAUAGAACCCAAUAUGUUCACAAUCCCAUUAUUGAUUUGAAGCAGCCGAAUUUUUUGUUUU